ACCACCCAGGCGCCCCUCAUUAGCAGCUUUCUUAUUUCGUAUUCCUCUGGAAGACAUUCCCAGCCAUCGUUCCCCGAUCUGAAACUCGCCGAUCGGGUUUCUUGUAUUUUCCUAUAACAUUCCUUUGUUCAUACAGGAAUUCACUUUUACAAGUAUUCACUAAGCUUCUACUUCACUACAGGUGUGAUAGAAGAAACAGGCACACCGGCCUCACCCCCUUGAAGUUUAAAUGCCCUCAUGCGUGUGUCCCAGUCAGAUCUCAAGCGCCCGGAGCUGUGGGACCCGCGUCAUGCCUGGCCAGCCCCGGGAUCCAGCGCCCCGCGCUGCGGAUUGGAAAGUGCAGGGUGCCAGGAUGGAAGGCUGUGUUCCACUUGCUCUGCCACCUACAGCCUGGGUCAUCGGGAGCCACCCGCUCGUGCCUCUUCAAUAGCUGUGCUUCCUCGUGCGUAAAGUGGGGAUGACCCACCCACGACUGUCGUGAAGGCGACAGGUCGGCCCACGCGCGGUGGUUACAGCUAAAUGGUUAAGCGUCCACGAUAGGGCCCUCCCGAGUCGGUGCCGCGCGCGCCCACCAGGGGGAACAGCAGGCGGCGGCCCGGCGGCUGCGCGCUGGACCGGCGACGUCAGGACCAGCGCCCCGCCCCGUGACCGUGACCGAGCGCGGCGCCGCGGCAGCGUCGGUCCCCGCCGGCUGGCCGCGCAGCCGGAACGCGAUGGGGACCGAGGCGUCGGGGAGCGGGCCGGCGCUGCAGGAGCUCGUGCGCGAGGCCGAGAUCAGCCUGCUCGAGUGCAAGGUGUGCUUUGAGAGGUUCGGCCACCGCCAGCAGCGGCGCCCGCGCAACCUGCCCUGCGGCCACGUGGUGUGCCUGGCCUGCGUGGCUGCGCUGGCGCACCCGCGGACGCUGGCCCUCGAGUGCCCCUUCUGCCGCCGAGCCUGCCGGGGCUGCGACACCAGCGACUGCCUGCCGGUGCUUCACCUCCUGGAGCUCCUGGGCUCGGCGCUCCGCCCAGCCCCCGCCGCCCACCGCGCCGCCCCCAGCGCCCCCGGGGCCUUCACCUGCCACCACGUUUUCGGAGGUUGGGGGACCCUGGUCAACCCCACGGGGCUGGCGCUGUGUCCCAAGACCGGGCGGGUCGUGGUGGCGCACGACGGCAGGAGGCGGGUCAAGAUCUUUGAUUCCGGGGGAGGAUGUGCUCAUCAGUUUGGAGAGAAGGGGGAGGGCGCUCAGGACAUUAGGUACCCACUUGAUGUCACCGUCACCAACGACUGUCAUGUGGUUGUCACCGACGCCGGCGACCGCUCCAUCAAAGUGUUUGAUUUUUUUGGCCAGGUCAAGCUUGUCAUUGGAGGCCAGUUCUCCUUACCUUGGGGUGUGGAGACCACCCCUCAGAAUGGGGUCGUGGUAACGGAUGCGGAGGCAGGGUCCCUGCACCUGCUGGAAGUCGACUUUCCAGAAGGGGUCCUCAGGAGGACCGAGAAGUUGCAAGUUCAUCUGAGCAAUCCCAGAGGGGUGGCCGUGUCGUGGCUCACCGGGGCCAUUGCAGUCCUAGAGCACCCUCCCGGCCUGGGGACCGGAGCCUGCGGCACCACGGUGAAGGUGUUCAGCCCAAGCAUGCAGCUCGUGGGCCAGGUGGAUACCUUUGGGCUGAGCCUCUUUUUCCCCUCGAGAAUAACUGCCUCCGCGGUGACCUUUGAUCACCAGGGGAAUGUGAUUGUUGCAGAUACUUCUAGUCAGGCUGUCCUAUGCUUAGGAAAACCUGAGGAGUUUCCAGUCCUGAAGCCCAUGAUCACCCAUGGUCUUUCCCAUCCUGUGGCACUGACCUUCACCAAGGAGAACUCUCUUCUUGUGCUGGACAGUGCAGCCCAUUCUAUAAAAGUCUACAAGGCUGACUGGGGGUAAUGGGGUAUGGGGGGGAGGGGGGCGCUCUGGGACCUGGAAUCUGAAGGCCUGGAACUUCCGCUAAUGAAUUGCUGAACCCUGGAUAAGUUAAUCUCAUCUAUCCAGCAGGGAUAAUUAUAACUGCCUGGCAAACUUAUAAAGGUUGAGGUAAUUAUCAAAGAAUAAAAGUUAAAUCUACCAUU